AUGAAGGAGGCCAGCUGCCACAAUGAGAAGAUAGAGGCGUACUGCAACGCAGUGCGUCGCCUCGAAGACAAGUUCGACGGGCUCGAACUCAACCACAUCGCGCACAAGUACAACGAGGAAGCGGGCGAACUGGCCAAGAUUGCGUCCGGGCAGACCACUGUCCCCCCGAACAUCUUCGCCCGUGACCUCACCAAGCCAUCCGUCGACUUCAAGAACCCAGCAGAAGCCACCGGAGCAGCACCCGAACCGUUAGGGGCUGUGGCUGUCGAGCCAUCGACCGAAGACCCCUCGGCGGAGGAGUCCGAGGCCAUGGACACUGAAGCUGAGAUCUCCUCGGCGGACGAGGUUGAAGCAAUGGAGAUCGACGAGGCCCCGACUCCGCGAGAUUGGCAUUCCCAGUACCUCGAGAUGAUCCAAGGGGUCCUACCCUCGGACCGCGCUCAGGCGCGGUGCAUCGCUAGGUGGACCAAGUCCUUCGUCUUGAUCGACGACGAGCUGUACAUACGAAGCCCCUCGGGCAUUCUGUGGCGUUGGAUCCCCAUCUCCGAGGGCAAGGAGCUGAUACGGGACAUUCACGCCGGCAUCUGUGGUCACCACACUGCGCCACGGACCCUCGUGGGCAACGCAUUUCGACAGGGAUUCUACUAG